AUGGCUGAACUUAAGAAGAUGUCUAGCCCUUCCGGUCAUGGAGAUGGAGGUGCAACCACCAUUGAAGCUCGAUUUGCUUAUUUUUGCAAGAAUAAUCUGUUGUUGGAUGGCGACAACUUUUUGGCACAAGCGACGAAGCUAUUUGAUGAAAGCAAGAGUAUUAUGUUGGCUAACAUAUCUGCUCUUGGAACUGGGACUCCGGAUGAAGCAGAAAGGUAUUGGUUCGCAUUUAUUCUUUACUUAGUUAGAAGGCUUAAUGAGAAAGGUGGCCCCACAAAGCAGAGACUUACGCUAUGUCAAAUUUUGAGAGCGGCAAGACUCAACAUUGAUGAAUUUUAUAAAGAACUUCAUCAGUUUCUGGUCAAGGUUGGAUCAGUUUUGAGUAGCCUUUAUGGUGAGGAUUGGGAGAAGAGACUGCAGGCAAAGGAAUCACAAACCAACUAUGUGUACUUGACCCUUCUGAGCAAGAAGUAUGAGCGUGCAUAUCGAGAUCUGUUCAUGAUAGUCGAUGCAAAUAAUGACAAGCAUUUAAAUAAUGUCCAUACAUCUGAUGUCCGGUCAGAUUAUUAUCGGUUUGGAUGGUUACUGUUUCUGGCUCUUCGUGUGCAUGUGUUUCGCUUCUGCAAGGACCUAGUAACAUGCACUCAUGGUCUAGUUUCCAUAUUGGCGAUACUCCUAAUUCAUGUUCCUGCUCGCUUAAGAAACUUCGAUGUCAAUGAUCCUGAACGCAUUGUUAUGAAAGGUGACAAGGCUGACAUUCUGGCAUCCCUUUGCAAUAUGUAUGAAACUUCAGAAGAUGAGUUAAGGAGAACUUUGGAGAAAGCAAACAAUUUGGUAUCUGAAAUAUUGAAGAAGAAACCUUGCUUGGCUUCUGAAUCUAACCAUGAAAACUUGAAAAACGUUGUGACAGAUGGCUUGAUCUAUUUUGAUGAUUUGAUGGAUGAAACAUUAUUAACAUUCAGUAUAGCUUUGCUUGAGAAAGAUUACAGUGCUGCUAUUCAGACUAAUGGUGACUUGGACGAGAGGAUAUUUAUCAAUCAGAAUGACAGCUUGCUAGGUUCAGGGAGCUUGUCAGGAGGUGUUGUAAAGAUAGAUGGAACUGGAGCUAAGAGGAAACUUGACUCAAUAACCUCGCCAACGAAGACAACAAUUACAAGCGCCCCAUUAUCUCCAUUCCGCUCUCCAUUACGUCAUCCAAUUGGUGGUUUAGCAGCCACUCCUGUCAGUACGGCCUUGACAACUGCCAAAUGGCUCCGAACAGUUAUUGCUCCACUACCUAGUAAGCCUUCAGACGAACUGGACAGAUUCCUUUCGUCAUGCGACUGGGAUGUGACAGCUGAUGUAAUGAGGAGGGCCCAAAUAAUUCUUGAGGCCAUCUUUCCAAGAAUUGGAGCUGGGAAAAGUGCAAGCUUGAUGGACAACAUAUGGGCCGAACAACGUCGAAUGGAGGCAAUGAAGCUUUACUUCAGGGUUCUGCAAGCAAUAUGCACAGCGGAGUCACAAAUUCUGAACGGAAAUAAUUUAACUUCUUUGCUGACAAACGAGAGGUUUCACAGGUGUAUGCUCGCGUGUUCCGCCGAGCUUGUUCUCGCAACACACAAAACCGUUACCAUGUUGUUUCCAACUGUUUUGGAUAGAACAGGGAUAACUGCUUUUGAUCUCAGUAAGGUGAUAGAAAGCUUCAUUAGGCAUGAGGAGAGUCUCCCCAGGGAACUAAGGAGGCACCUCAAUUCUAUGGAAGAACGACUUCUGGAGAGCAUGGUUUGGGAGAGGGGCUCUUCUAUGUACAACUCUUUGACGGUAGCUAGACCAGCCUUUUCUGCAGAGAUAAAUCGACAGGGCUUGAUAGCUGACCCUAUGCCCUCUUUGGAUGCAAUUGCUUUGCAUGUCGAAAUGUCAUGUGGGGUUUUAUCUCCCACACAUGAACUGCAUGGCCACAAUGGAGACAUUCGCUCCCCAAAAAGAGUCUGCAGCGAGCCUCAGGGUGUAUUGGUUGAGCGGAACUCCUUCACUUCACCGGUGAAGGAUCGCGGUUUGUCCAUGAAUAAUCUGAAAUCUAAGAUUCCUACACAUGUUCAGUCUGCAUUUGCCAGUCCCACAAGGCAAAACCCAGGUGGCGGAGGGGAAACAUGUGCAGAAACAGCAGUCAAUGUGUUUUUCAGUAAGAUUCUGAAGUUAGCUGCUGUUAGAAUUAAUGGAAUGGUGGAAAGACUUCAGCUUUCACAGCAUAUCAGAGAGAAUGUUUACCGUCUCUUUCAAAAGAUCCUUGAUCAGCACACAACUCUAUUCUUCAACCGACAUAUUGACCAAAUUAUUCUCUGCUGCUUUUAUGGAGUUGCUAAGGUUUCCCAACUGAACCUGACAUUCAAAGAAAUCAUUUUCAAUUAUAGAAAACAACCUCACUGCAAACCACAAGUUUUUCGCAGCAUCUAUAUUGGUUGGACAGCUCUACGUCGCAAUGGGAAAAAUAGUCCAGACCAUGUUGAUAUCAUCACAUUUUACAACGAAGUAUUUGUUCCUGCCGUAAAACCUCUUCUAGUCGAGCUUGGCUCUGGUGGAUCAGUACCGAACAAUUCGCAUACCUCAGAGGCUAACAGUAACAUUGGUGGACCAUCCCCAACAUCACCUAGGACAUCUCCAUUUCCAAAUCUCCCAGAUAUGUCCCCAAAGAAAGUCUCUGCAGGACACAACGUUUAUGUCUCUCCAUUGCGAUCAUCUAAGAUGGACACAUUAAUUUCACAUAACUCUAAAAGCUACUAUGCCUGUGUGGGAGAAAGUACUCGUGCAUAUCAGAGCCCUUCGAAAGAUUUGACAACCAUUAAUAACCGCUUGAAUGGAAAUCGGAAGCUGAGAGGAAGCCUCAAUUUUGACGAUGUUGAUGUUGGCUUGGUUAAAGAUUCUGUAGUUGCCAACAGUCUUUACAUGCCCUCCGUGAAAUCCGAGCAAGCAGAAUCGUGA